AUGUUGCAGGCCGCCGCCGCCGCCCGCCGCGCUGCGUUGGCCGCCUUCUCCACCUCCGCGGCGAGGCCGGAGACGGGCCUGUACGGCUUCGAUGUGCUGCGCACGGCCAAGGGCUUCCGCCGCUUCGUCGACGAGGCCAUCCAGCGGUCGGACGAGCUUGUUGCCCACAUUGCGCAGCUGCCGCCGGCUGCGGAUAUUGUUCGCACCAUGGAUGAGAUCUCCAACACUGUUUGCUCGGUCAUUGAUUCGGCGGAGCUGUGCAGGAACACGCACCCAGAUAGGGAAUUUGCGGAGGAAGCAGAUAAGGCAUCAAUGAGGAUUUACGAGCAUCUUCAAUACCUGAACACAAAUACUACUUUAUACAACGCGAUACUAAAAGCUGAGAGUGAAGGUGCCCUGCUCUCAGAGGAAUCUCGGAAGGCAGCAAAUAACUUGCGUGUCGACUUUGAGAAAGGAGGGAUUCAUCUUCCUAAAGAUAAACUCGAGCGUGUUAAUCAGCUGAACCUUGCAAUUGCGCAUCUGGGUAGAAAGUUCAAUGAAAAUGUUAUGAACAAACCAGGUUUUGUGGAUAUAUAUCCAGCUUCGCGUAUUCCAAGGAAUAUACAACAUAAUUUCAAACCUAUUAGUCGUUUUAAACCUAGGGGUGUUGAAGAACAGAGCAAUGCAAUGAACGCUACAAGGCAAAAGGGUGUAAGGAUAGUGACAGACUCAGGAUCUGUAUCAUCAGCACUGAGAUGGGCUUCGGAUGAGGAGGUCAGGAGACAGGUAUACGUUGUAGGAAACUCUGAACCUCGUGAAAACAUUGGUGUUCUUGACGAACUUAUAGAUGUUCGUGAUGAGUUUGCAAAGACUAUGGGUUGCAGAUCAUAUGCUGAAUUUGCUAUUCGUCCUAACAUGGCUGCAUCUGUCGAUGUGGUCAUGUCAUUUCUCAACGAUUUGAGUGACACUGUUAGGCAUAAAGCUGAUGAGGAAUUUAAUACUAUAAAAGAUUUUAAGAGAAGAAUAUGUAAUGACAAGAGUGUUGAUCUUGAACCAUGGGAUGAGGAUUAUUUCAUUGGAAUGAUGAAAUCAUCUGCGCAUACUGUGGAUCCCUCGGUUGUUGCAUCGUAUUUUCCAUUGUCCCAAUGCAUAAAGGGCUUAAACGUGCUGGUGGAAUCAUUAUUUGGUGCCACAUUUCAUCAAGUUCCUAUGGGGGACGGAGAGUCGUGGCAUCCUAAUGUGAUAAAGCUGUCUCUCCAUCACCCUGAUGAGGGUGAUUUAGGAUUUAUGUAUCUCGAUCUCUACUCCAGAAAGGGUAAAUACCCAGGAUGUGCUCAUUUUGCAAUCAGAGGGGGCCGGCGAUUGUCUGACACGAACUACCAACUUCCAAUCAUUGCAUUGGUAUGCAACUUCUCGAGUUCUAGGGGAUUAACUGCGAGGCUCAACCAUUGUGAUGUUGAAACUCUUUUCCAUGAGUUUGGCCAUGCCCUUCAUUCUCUGCUAUCAAGAACGGAAUAUCAGCAUUUCUCUGGUACUAGAGUUGCUCUCGAUGUCGCUGAAACACCCUCAAACCUUUUUGAGUUCUAUGCGUGGGACUACCGUGUCUUGAGGACAUUUGCUCUAGAUGAAACAACUGGUGAUCCAAUACCAGAAAAGCUGGUAAAGGCACUAAAUGCUUCUCGAAACAUGUUUCCGGCUACUGACCUCCAGCGACAGGUUUUUUAUUCUAUAAUGGACUUAACUUUGUUUGGGGAGCACACAUCGAAGCCAGUGGACACAAUUUCUGCUGUUGCGGAUUUGAAAAGAAAGCACACGAGUUGGAAUUAUGUAGAAGGCACUCACUGGCAUACUCGGUUUUCUCAUCUUAUAAACUAUGGCGCUGGGUACUAUAGCUAUCUCUAUGCUAGAUGUUUUGCCACAACUAUAUGGCAAGAAGUAUGCCAAGGUGAUCCAUUGUCCCGCAGCACAGGUAGCGCGAUUAGGGACAAGUUCUUAAGACAUGGUGGGGCUAAGGAUCCAUCUGCCUUGUUGAAAGAUUUUGCAGGUGAUUCCGUCAUUAAAAACUCUGGCGGCGGAAUAAUCCCUGACAUUAGCUCAUUGUGUAAAGAAGUUGGUUUGUGA